AUGAAUUACCAACGGUGGCGCGAUACGGACGGUGACGAUUCCCGGAGUCGCAAGAGUCAACGCAAACGACAAUCCCGGGGCACCAAUUCGUACCAACGUCCCUGGAACGUGGAAGACGACGACGACAACAACAAUAAUAAUGGAAGUAAUCGUCGACGCAGUACCCAGUCGACGUCGUCGUCGAGAUCUCAAAGUCGUCGGAGUUCAACGACGCCAUCCCACACCCAAACGACCAAGAGUCGAUCCUCCCGUUCCGCCUCGUACACAUCUCCCGCAAUCACCACCACGACGCGAGUCCGCAAUCGACGAUCCUCGCACGGUCCCGUCGGACCCUCGACGACUCCCGUAUCGGUGGACAUUGACGUUUCGGACGAUGACGACGAUCACGACCAUUACCGCAACGUGGACUCGGCGCGGGGCUCCCAUGGGGCGGCGUACCCCGCACGGUCGACACCGUCGCCCAGUGCCGAAUCUACCACUUCGGCGGCCUCGUUCCGGACUUCGGCCGCGCUGGAAAAUCGGACCGCCCGACACUAUCGGCGACGCACCCCGUCGCCGCAGGCGGUCGUGUCGGGCGGUCCGGAAGCGAUGGGCCCCCCGGGAUCGAUCUCGCGGGAACUAAGGAACCGCCGAUUGGCAUCCCAACGACCAUCGUCUCCUGUCGCGAUCCGUCCCGCCGUACCGCUUCCCGUACAGGCUGCUGCGUCCAUACCACCCCGUCCGCACAACCCACCCCAGGUACCCGCAGUCGAAUCGGCUCCAAAAACACCCUCCCCGCAAGCGGUUGCGGUCGACUCACGUCGCGGUGGCGCUGCCUUCUUCAAACGCACCGCCCCCGUCCCCAUCGACGCCGAAGAUUCCGCCCGACUCCUACAGCUCGAACGCGAGGCCCGCGAAAAUGAGCUCGCCAAAUUGCGCCAAGCCCGUUGGGUGCGGGAUAACGAACGGGAACAAACUCGUUCCGCCGCAGCACGGAUCGAGGAUCCACCCCUCACACAAUCAUCCCACCCACCUACCAGUCGCAUCGUACCGUCGGUGAUUCCACUCGACCCCAAUCCUACCGUUGUUGCGGAAUCGUCCCGUCGUGGGCACACCGAUGACGUACAACCAUCGACCAUUCCCGCGGCGGUAAUCGCGUCCCCACGGAAGGCGGUGGUUCGUCCGGACCCCGAACCCCGGGAGAAAGUCGAUCGUCCCGUCCCUCGACGGUCCACUUCGCGUCCCGUAACGCCACCACCGGGUCCAACGUCGGACGAUGUCUCCGACGUCGGUAGUGCCGCGAGCGACGUGGGGCGGUAUUUGGCCCAGCGCAAGUCAUCAUCAUCCCCCAAUCCUGCCUUUUUGGCAUCCCGCGCUGCCUUUGCGGGGAAGACUUUAACGACGAACGGGACUCGGCCAAUGAGAAAUGCGUUGCCGCUGGCGGCCGAUAACGAAGCCUCUGACGGCAACGAGUCGGACGAUUCGGAAGAAACCACCACGGAAGAGGAAUCCAGUAGCGACGAAGACCCGGACGUGCCGGAAUGGAGUGUACGAGUGUGUGUCGUAUCGGCAAUAGACUUGCCCGCCAACGUUGUACCCAAUCUACCCUUUAGUCCCGUUUUUGAUAUUGGUUUGGUUCGAUUUCCAGGCCCCGACGUGGACUCCCGGAUCCAACUACCUGGUGACGACGCCAGUCGACAAAACCUGAGUGCCUUGCUGACUAAAGGAGGCUUGCACUCUGUACCACGGUCGCGUGUCCAGUGUACCAAUUUGAAAACUCUCAGUCAACGAGACAACGGAUCGGUCGAAUUUCACGAAGAACUGCGGUGGGACCGUGUCAAGUACCCGGAAGAGCUGGCGCUGGCAAUCCAGCUCUCCGCUAAAGCGGUGAUUGCUCCGGCAAACAUCAAGGAAAACCCACCAAUGCAAAAAGUCCAACCACUCCAGUUUGGUAACCCGUCGGCACAAAACGGAACGGGGUGGAACUCCGCGGGUAAGACCAGCUCCGGUAGUAGCAGCGAGGCAGGGGGGUCUCUCUUUCGGCGCACCCAAAAAAGCUCGGCCGAAAUGGAAACCGCCAAUGCGGCUGCAGCCGUGGCCCAGCUUUUGGUGACGGGUGAAAAAUCGAAAGCGGACGACGAAGGGCGUCUGUUCGACUCGAAGGCGGCAAAUUCAAAAGCCGUGUCGGGCAAUCGGAGUGAACUGAACGUAAAGCUCAAGCAUCGCAAGCGACGUCGAAAGCCAAAAUUAACCGACGACUUGCGCCUCGGUUCCCAGAUAGUCCCGCUCACCGCGUUACCACUGCGGAAAGCCUACGGCCAGGAGCACGAGGCAAGAAUCGAACAGUGGUUUGAGCUCGAUGGUGCGAGCGACGUAACACCUACGACACCGUCGCCAGCCAGCUCUCCCGCGAGAGGCAAUCGGCGAAAUCCUAGCAUAUUAUUGGAAAUCACGUUUUCUGCACCGGAAGUACUGGACGACAGUUGUUGUCAAGGCGAAGGAGAAGGUUGA